UCAGCCCGCGGGCGGCCACGUCCUCCCCCGCGACGCUCUGAGGUCACCGACCGGGCUGGCCGGCAGGGGGCGGAGGGACGGAGGGAAGAUGGCGGCCGAGGCCGGAUAUUGGCGCCGCCUCCCCCAGUCGCGGAGCCGGCGCAGAUGAGGCGGCUCGGCUGCGGCCAGCGGCGCUUCGCAACCCGAGCCGGGGGGACCCUGGCGGUGGGGCCUGGCCCUGCUCUAUGCCGGCGCCUCGGCUAGCGUGAGCGGCGGCGGUAACGCCUCUCUCUCCCCCACCCCCUACCCCACAACACACCCCGCGCUUGCCCUGCGGCUUGGGUGUCGGAGCGGGCGGCGCGGCCGGCAUGGAGGACGUUAACUCCAAUGUGAACGCGGACCAGGAGGUGCGGAAGCUGCAGGAGCUGGUGAAGAAGCUGGAGAAGCAGAACGAGCAGCUGAGGAGCCGCUCGGGAGCCGUGCAGGGCGCAGGCCUCCUCGGGCCCGGCAGCCCGGCUCGGGCCGGCGUGUCCACCACCCCUUGCUCGGGCGCGGCGUCCCCUCGGGGCUUCCCGCUGGGCCUGGGAGCCAAGGUGGGCGGCGCGGCGGGCUCAGGCCUGCGGAGGACCAGCAGCGAGGACCUGCGGGACGCCACCUCCUUGCUGGCGGCGGGAGAGGGCAGCUUGCUGGACGAGGUAGAGCCGCUGCGGCCCGACGAGCUGGAGCGGCUGUCAGGCUGGGAGGAGGAGGAGGAGAGCUGGCUGUACUCAUCACCAAAGAAAAAACUCACACCAAUGCAGAAAUCUGUUAGUCCGUUAGUUUGGUGCAGGCAAGUUUUGGAUUACCCAAGUCCUGAUGUGGAAUGUGCUAAAAAGUCUCUUAUCCACAAACUUGAUCAAACUAUGUCAGCUCUCAAGAGGCAAAAUUUAUACAAUAAUCCUUUCAACUCUAUGAGUUAUACAAGUCCUUAUAGCCCAAAUGCCAGUAGCCCUUACAGCAGCGGCUUCAACUCUCCAUCCUCAACACCAGUGCGACCUCCUAUAGUCAAGCAGCUUAUACUUCCUGGAAAUUCAGGUAACUUCAAAAGUUCAUCAGAUAGAAAUCCUCCACUCAGCCCUCAAUCCUCUAUAGAUAGUGAGUUAAGUGCUUCAGAAUUAGAUGAAGAUUCAAUUGGAUCCAACUACAAGCUAAAUGAUGUAACUGAUGUGCAGAUUCUAGCCCGGAUGCAGGAAGAAAGUCUCCGGCAGGAAUAUGCAGCCACCACCUCCCGGCGCAGUUCUGGUUCAUCUUGCAAUUCUACAAGGCGGGGCACUUUUAGUGAUCAAGAGCUGGAUGCACAGAGCUUGGACGAUGAAGAUGAUAGUAUGCACCAUGCCGCCGUAUACCCUGCUGUGAACAGGUUUUCUCCAUCACCACGCAAUUCACCCCGACCGUCUCCUAAGCAGUCGCCUCGCAAUUCACCUCGCUCACGCUCUCCUGCCCGGGGGAUAGAAUACAGUAGAGUAUCUCCACAGCCUAUGAUUAGCCGUUUGCAGCAACCUCGCCUUUCCCUCCAAGGCCAUCCCACAGAUUUACAGACAAGCAAUGUUAAAAAUGAAGAAAAACUCCGACGCAGUCUUCCAAACCUGUCCCGGACAUCAAGCUCACAAGCUGACUCGGUGAGAAGCAGCAGAAGUGAUUCCAGUUUCCAAGUGCCAAACGGAGGGGUGCCUCGGAUGCAGCCUCAGGCCUCAGCCACUUCUCAAAGGCUGAAAAAUUUGCCUCGUACUUCCCUCAAAGCCAAACAGUUGCUUCCAACUUCAUCUACCAAAAGAGUACCUUCUCCAGGCAAGUUCCGCUCCCCUGCAGCACCAUCUCCGUUGGCUCUUCGGCAACCAGUGAAAGCAUUUAGUAACCAUGGGUCUGGUUCUGGUGGCCAAGAAAGUACACAGUUCACACAAACCACCUCCUCACCUGGACCUCCCGUGGUGCAGAACCCAGUCCCAGCAAACCCUUCCAGCAAUAUCAACAGCGCCACUCUAACCAGACCUGCAGGGACAACUGCCAUGAGGAGCGGCCUGCCCCGGCCGAGCGCCCCUUCUGCAGGGGGCAUCCCAGUGCCUCGCAGCAAGCUUGCACAGCCUGUUCGCAGAUCCUUGCCAGCUCCGAAGACCUAUGGUAGCAUGAAAGACGACAGUUGGAAAGAUGGCUGUUACUGACCGGCAGAGACAAGAGCGCAGAGGUCACAGCUUCACGGACACCCUUCACCAGGCUGAAACCAACUUUUAUAUGCAGACUCUGCAGCUAAGACUCUCGGGGUUGUCCAGCCCCGGCCCUCUCUGUCUACAAUAGCACAAACUGGCAGAGAUGACGAAGCAGCACUUUAUCCCACGUAACAUCCGAUACGUUUGGUAAUCAUGCAAUCACUCUCCAUGGAGUCACUCUUAGCUUUGUUCACUAGAAACACGGUUCAUUUUUUAUUGUUUGACAGAGGCGGCCACUAUCUGGGCAAAUACCUAAUGGAUGCCAAAGAGAAACGCCCAUUUGUAAAGAGAGUACUUUUGUACACGGGAAGGUGGUGAAUUCAGGCUGUCCAAAACCUCACGUUCAACCUACUUUACUGUACGAAUAGUAUCAAUAAAUACUGUGUUAACAAGAACUAAUGUUCUGACUAAUUAAAUUGUUUUAUUAGUCCUUCAGGAUAGAGUAAAUUAUAAAGAUUGGGAGGGAGAAAGGAACGACCUGAGCUAAAGACUUAAAACAUGCUACCUGUGUUUAAGAGAGUUUUAUAAAUUACUUUUGCAAACUCAUUGGAAAAAUUAUCAUUCUUUUAAAUCAUACAUUUUAGACAUAGUUUACACAUAGCCACCGCCAGGUGGUGUCACCAUGCACGCCCACCGGGUUGCAUCAACAUCUCAGACUUCUAUGUGCUUGUUUUGAUUGCCAAAAGGGCUCACUAUCGGCUACACAGUCUUCUAAACCUUACACUUCCUGGCUCAGGAAAGAUGGCCUUUGCUCUUGAAGCCAACUUCCUCACAUGCUCUUUUCUGUCACAGAACUAAAAGAUCUUGUUCCCAUGACCAGGUUUCUAUGAUGUAGAAGAACAAGUUGUAUGUGUCUUUAUUCUUGAUAAAACAACACCUCCGAGCUUACAAGCUGGAUGAAAGCAUACCACAAGAGGAGGGGAAAUCUAUGCAUUUAACUACAAAGUCUCUGGUGAUGACCGCUGCAUUGCUGCUCUUAAGUGGUGUAACGGGCUGUUAGGUGGUAGUCGGUCCACUUCAAGCUGAAUAACUGUGUGAUGUAUCUUUAAAAUACUGUCCCUGUUGACUUAGAUUCUGCCUUACAUCAAUGUUUGCAUUGUUUGGUAAAAACCAUCCAACUCUUAAUUUGCUAAAUAACUCGCUGUCUAAUGACACAUGCGUGUGUAUAUACCCUUGAAAUCAACUGUUUCGGUUUUAUUGGAUUAUUACCAAACUAACUCAAGCUGACUUCUCAUUUUUGAUAAUGGGGUCUGUUUUUUAAAUACUUAGUCUGGACAUAUCUAAAAUAUUGGCAGUUGGGUCACAUAAAGGUGGAGGGAUUUGAACACGUUUCCUGUUAGUAGAGGAUGUUCAGAAAGUUGGAAGUAGAAAUGGAAGGAAGGAAGCAUCGAGUUGAUGAUAACAAAGACCCAGUCUGCCAGACUGAUGCUCCACCAGCAGGGAGACCUUCAGCUAGCUAGCAGGAGCAGCCGUCAGUGCCGGGAGCUGGAGUGUAGAACGGAAGAACGUGUAUCCUUGCAUUUGAAGGUGGCGAGGGGGAAUGGAGGGGUUGUCCACAAUGAUGAACUAAAACUGAUGCUUUUCAGAGGAAGACGAAAUGUGCUUGGUGGGAAGUGUCUCGUGUAAAUCUAAGGAACAAAGAAGUAGCCUCUGUCUCUGAGGAGUUACACGGCACACAGCAAACAGGUCUCUGUUUCAGUGUAACAUUUCAAAAAAGAAUAAAUGCUGCAAUCUAAUAAUUUAAAAGAACUUUAAUGAACCAUCUACUACAUUUUUUAAGUUAGAUAAUCAGUUUCAAAAGGAAUAUUCAGGUUAUUUAACGUUGUUUUUAAAUGGCUGCAUCAGAAAAAAUAUCUAUUUUUUUUUAAUUAAAGUAUUUCAUCACUUGUUUAAAAAUGUAUUUUGGAUCUGAGUUUGGUGAUAUUAUUUUACCUGCUGCUGUACUACCACAGACUAUUGGCUUUUAGUUUCCUAAAGAGAAAAAUUGCCUUUUGACUAGAAAGCCUUUGUGUAUUGCCAGUUUUUCUGUUUGGGAAAAUCUAAGGAUUUACUGUGGUUAGUCGUACAGAAGAAAUGUGGAUUUGAUAAACUAGUGCCUAUGAUUUUAACUUAUGUUUGAUAUAUAGUAGUAAGGGGUUAUGAAUGUUGAUUAUUUUGUGCCAACAGCCCAGAAUUGUCACUUAUAUGUCAGCAGAAAACUAUGACCUCUGCUUCCAAAGUUAUUUAAUUUUCUCAGUGUUUGGAUGUUAUUUUUUGUAAGUGUGUUAAUAAAAGUGUAAAGAAUUGGAAAAAUAUAAAUAUUCUUAAGCCUUUGCUGGAUCAUUUUUCUACAAAACUUGUUUGUAUAUUAUAAAACCCUCUGAAGAGUUGACUUCUCAGUUUUCAUACCCUGGAAAUCACAUUUUGUAAAACUGGGGACCAUUCAUAAUUGUCAGAUACUUUUUUAAAUUAUCUCAGAACAUCACUUUUAUAAAAAAAAAAAAAAAGUUUUUUUGAAAACAAAGAAAAUUAAAUACAUAUGGCCCCAGGUGUUUGUAUAACUCUAGGAUGGUCUCUAGACUAUGUAUGUUUAAAUUGACUUUAUUCAUUGUACAGGUGUUCAGUUUUGACAGUAUGAUGCAUGGUCCUUUUAGAUCACAUGGAGUUUGAUUUGCAAACAUUUCUAUAGCUGAACUUGUAAUAUGUGGUUGCCUCCUUAAUAAACAGCCUGACCAUAAUGUUUACUAUUAAAUCUAUAUUCAUUUUCAAGUGUUUUAUUAAUUUCUGGAUAUGGCAAGAUUCCUUCUCUCCUCCCCACCCCAUUGCCUACAGUUUGUCUUAAUAAAUUUCUCAGCUGUUUUUGUAAA